ACACUUAAUUACCGGCGGGACCAGUCCGUUCACUUUCACCGAGCGCGAAGUGGUGGGUACGCGACAAAAUCACGAGCGACGCCACGCAGAAUAUAGAACACAACGUUCGUUUUCGUUACUACUGAGUCUAAAGUGUUAUUACACGAUCGCAGUAAAAAAAAUUUUGCUUCAUUCGACGCGCGUUAGUUUCUUUGUUUUCGCGACGACGCUUAUGUGCGGUUCGGCUUCGAUUUCGGUAUCGAUAUUUCUAUCGGCUGUGAGGUGUCGCGGAUUUUUGACUUUUGACCACGUGUGGAAAUGUGAGCCUUGUUCUUGUUGUGUCAGCAUCCGCGGCUAAAACCAAUCGCCUCGGGGUUCAAUAUGGAAGCGAAUCUUGUUCGGAUAUUGUUGCUCAUUGCGUUGUUCUUCCUGUUAUCCAGUGAUUAUUCGUCUGUGGUGAGACAGCUGAUACCUAUCUUUGACGAUACCGAAGAUGAUAGCGAGAGUAACGAAGUCGAUAUCGCACCUCCGAAGAUAAAUGUCGAAAAAAUCGAACAUAAUACGUUGAAAGUGGAUGAUAAUGAGAAAACGCUGAUAUUGGCCAGAAAGAAGAUAUUAAACGCUGUGAAAAAUUCGUGCUUGCCAAAACUAAUAUGCGAAUUGAACGCGGCUCCUAAUAAAGAGAAUUUAUCGCAGUCUGAAGUCUCGUUACUGAAUUUAAUCAGAGACACGAGUAUCAGCGCAACAGCCGAAAUAACUUCCAAGUACCAUUUCGCCGCUCACAUGGGACAAUUAAUAUCCGGAGUUGAAGGAACAGGAUGCCAUAACUUCUAUCCGGAUUGCCCCCUACCAGGAUUCCGUGUAUCUCAGCUAUUAAAAAGCGUUAAAUUCAAAUAAGUAACACUCGACGUUGAUUAUUUUUUACCUUAGCGUUUAAAAAAUAAUUCGACCGAUGUCUGUAUUAUUUAUUUUUGUUUUGUUAUAAAAUAUUUUUAUUUUUUUUUUGUGAAAAUUUUUUGAAAAAAUAAUGAAUAAUUUCGUGUAAUUUUUUCUAUUGUAUAAGUAUAUCGAUUGUGCACACAGACUGAAAAUUUUUAUAUUAAGUUACCAUUUAUAGUUUUACCUUGUGUUUGUUCCUUUUUAUUUAAUUCGAAUAUCUAUUAUUAUGCGAAAAAUAAUGUGCGAAUUCGAGAAAUAAAACGUUUCGGAUUUUCAA